AUGUUCCAUGGAUUGCCAAGUGAAGACCCCAUUGACCACCUUGAUGAGUUUGAUAGGCUUUGUGAUUUGACAAAGAUCAAUGGUGUCUCUGAAGAUGCCAUCAAGCUGAGACUCUUUCCUAUGUCUCUAGCUGACAAAGCUCACCAAUGGGAGAAGAGCUUGCCCCAUGGCACAAUCACCACUUGGGAUGAAUGCAAGAAGGCCUUUCUUGCUAAGUUUUUCUCCACCGGUCGCACAGCCAAGCUUAGAGGAGAGAUAUCCAGCUUCAUCCAGCGAAACAAUGAGACAUUCGCAGAGGCUUGGGAGAGGUUCAAAGGCUACACAAGUCAGUGCCCACACCAUGGAUUCAACAAUGAAUCACUACUCUCCACUCUUUAUAGAGGAUGCUUGCCUAGGUAUAGGGAGAUGCUAGACACAGCUAGCAAUGGGAACUUCCUCAACCAGGAUGUAGAUGAUGGCUGGCAACUUGUGGAGAACAUAGCUAACUCAAAUGGAAGCUAUGGAGAAGAGUAUGAUCGCACCAACCGGAGCUCGACCCACCACUCGAUCGAGUCAGACGAAAAGUUGAGAAAAGAUGUUAAGGCAUUGAAUGAGAAGUUGGAUAAGCUGAUCCUAGCUCAGUCCACAAUGAAGAAAGUCAACUUUGUGUCUGCUGAGGAGAUGGAACCAGUCCAAGAAGGGGAGGAUACACAAUUUGCUGAGGUAUGCUACAUGAGCAAUGGGCAAGGAGGUUACAACAAAGGAUACUAUAACUACAAGUCCAACCCUGCCAUGUCAUACCGCAACACUGAUGUUGCUAACCCUCAGGACCAAGUCUAUCCUCAACAACAAGCAGCUCGAUCGAGUCAAGGACCACAACAUGGGUAUGGUCAAAAGAACAAUUACCAAGGACCACAAGGCACUUUCCCUGGACAACAAAUGAAUAUCCCACCAGGCUUCCCCCACCAACCGCCCCAGCCUGCACCUUCACAAGAGAAUGAGCUCAAAGCAAUGCUAAAGCAACUACUUCAAGGGCAAGCUGAUGGGGUAGUGGACACAAGCAAGAAGCUAGCUGAAAUAAACUCUAAGAUCGAGAACCUCAACACAAGGGUUUACUCUCUGGAGAAUCAUGCUUCUUCUGUUGCUGCUGCUACAAAGCAAGGACAACUACCUGGUAAAGCUAUUCAGAACCCCAAGGAACAGUGCAAGGUCAUCUUCACUCAAGAAGGACUUGUUGAAGAAGAGGAUCAAGAAAGGGUCAUUGAAGAUUUUUGUUUACUGCUGAAUGAUGAAGAGAUUGUUGCUGCUGAGGCUCCUGGAGUCCAGAUUGAUCAACCAGAAGUGCAUGCACCUACUGUGGCCAUUCACACUUCACCAGUUGAGCUCGCACGACAAGCUCGAUCGGCAGCUCGAUCGAGUCCAACUCUAGCUCGAUCGAGUCCGACCUCUUCUGUCCGAAGCCUGUUUUGCUUGAUCCUAUCAACCGGUUGCCGCUUCCUCGUCUCGCCUACUUAUGAUAAAGUUUCAGAGGUCCUACAAGAGUCUACUCAUCAGUUCAACCUGCUUACUUCACCCACCUUCCUACCAAAGGUCAAGGAUCAAGGGAAAUUCACUCUCCCUUGCACACUUGGGCAUCUUGAGAUUGACAAUGCCUUAGUGGAUUCUGGAGCAAGCAUCAAUCUGAUCUCUCUCUCCAUGGCAGAGAAGCUAGGCAUAGCUGGAGCCUUGCAGCGCCCUACUACUUCAAUCAUCUUUGGAGAUGCAACUUCUAAGUCUCCUCUUGGAGUGUUCAAGAACUAUCACUUGAAAAUUGGAGAAUGCAUCAUCCAAACUGAUCUCACUGUGAUGGAAAUGGAAGAAGAGAAGGAUUUGCCUUUGUUAUUGGGAACCCCUUUCCUUAGUACAGUUGGCGCUUCAAUAGACUUUCACAAGCAAGAAGUGAUCCUUCACAAGGUGAAUAGUUUGGUGUCAUAUCGCUUGCAGCCUAGAGGUUCAGACUUUUGUGCCACAAUUGACAGUACCAAUCUCAGUUCUAAGAGUCAUGGAGCUACAAAGGUUGUGAAGGAAAGGGUUGACAAGGAACCAAGAGUUGGGAAGGAUAAGGAUGAGAGAGGACCAAGGAUUGAGAAGCCACGUCUUGAGAGGGCUAGAGUUGAGAAACCACGAUCUGAUAGGCCAAGAGCUGAGCGACUUGUUCAAGCCCCUUGUGUGCUUGAUGAAGAGAGCCUUCAAGCUUUGUUUGAUGAGCCACUAGGAAGGGCUCUAAAGAAGGGGAGGAUGCAGCCUCUAAGGCAAGACCAGGAGAUAAAAGAAAGGAUCCACCAGCUCAGGCCCCUUCAGUCAAGCCAUCUCAGCUCACAAUGA